UUUUGAUAUUAAAAAUAUCGAACGAUGUGGUUCUUUCUGUUACUAGCGUUGUGCUUAGUGUACUCGUUGUGGCGGUUGCGGUACUUCGCAUCGAAAGGCGUGAAGACUUUGGUACCGGUCCCGUUUUUGGGGAAUUUGGCGGCGGUUACUUUUGGACGAGAGAACUUUGUGGAGGUUAUUGAAGCUGGUUAUAAUAAGUUCAGAGAUCAGAGAUAUUUCGGCAUCUACCAGUACCACGUGCCAACCCUCGUCCCGCGCGACCCGGAGCUGAUCCGCCGCAUCAUGGUGGCCGACUUCGCUGCCUUCAGCGAUCGAGGGGUCCACAUCGACCAGGACUGCGACCCGCUGUUCGGGAGGAACCUCAUUAUGCUGAGAGGUUCAAGAUGGCGCAGUAUGCGCGCGGCACUAACUCCAGCGUUCUCCGCGUCGCGCUGUCGCAGCAUGGCGCCACUUAUGGCAGUCUGUGCGAGAAACGUACAGACAUAUCUGCACGAGCGAGUGCGACAAGAUACAGAGCUAGAUGUCGACGAGAUUUCAACGGCAUACGUGAACGACGUGAUCGCUUCAUGCGCGUUCGGGUUUGCGACAGACUCCCUCCAGGACCCUCACAACUGCAUCUUCCGACUGGCGAAGCGGGCUGUGGUCCAGGAUACCACGCAGAUCAUGAAGUUCUUCGGCUAUGAGAAUAUGAAGACACUCAUGCAGUUGCUAAAAGUGAAAAUAAUAAAGACCAGUGACGCCGAACAGUUCGGCGAGCUGUUUAAGUCCGCGCUGCGCGCGCGCCGCGACGGAGCCACGCCCAGGCCGGACUUCAUACAGACGCUCGUGGACGCCGCGGGUAUGUCCGCGGACGGACAGACGUCAGACACAGACGACGGCAAAACGGCGCCAGGCGCAGAGAAUUUGUCCGACGACGACCUGGUCGCCCAGGCCGUGCUGUUUUACAUCGCCGGCUACGACACCACGGCUAAUCUCAUCAAUUAUUUCCUCUACGAAAUGGCCACCAAUCCUACUAUCCAAGAUAAACUACACAGUGAACUGGGCCAGUUACCCGGGUUAUAUGACGAUAAGGAGGCAUACGAUAAUGUCCAGGGGCUGGAAUACUUGGAGAUGUGUGUCUGCGAGGUUCUAAGGUUGUGGCCCCUGGUCGGUGCAGCAGAUCGGCGCUCGGUGGCGCGCUACGACUUUGGCCCGAACCAGACCGAUGGAAAAACCCACUUUGUUGCAGAAGCUGGCGUGCACAUAUGGCUACCAGUGUAUUCCCUGCAUCGAGAUGAGCGCUACUGGUCAGACCCACACCAGUGCGAUCCGGAGCGCUUCACCUCUGCCAACAAGCAGAAUAUACUGCCAUACACAUACAUGCCUUUUGGUACUGGGCCUAGACACUGCAUCGGGUCCCGUUUUGCGACAACAGCAGCCAAGGUGUUCCUGUCGCAGUUCCUCCGGCAGUACAGCGUCAGCGGCGGCUCCUCGCGACAACUUGACCCCAGGGCCUUCAUCCUGCGACCCAAACACGGGUUCACUCUCACUGUCACUCCGAGGAACAACAAUAUACAUAUAUUAUUAUAGUUAACUCUUGAUUAUUAUUAUUGCAUCCAUUAUCAAAAAUCACGGACA